AUCAAAAUGAUCCGCUCGAACACGCCCAAAGGUAGCUCAGAAAUGAAGUCAUGGGCGUUGAUUGGGCAGGCCGAAUGUUUCGGCUAUGCUACUGGCUAGCUAGCUAGCUAGUUAGUUUACAAGGGGAAGCAGCCUUCGUGGAUUUGCAUUUUAUUUGCACUUCAAUGGAGGUCCGGCCCGAUGGAUGGGUAUCUGAGGGAUGUUUGAAGCAUGUAGACGAGAGUCGCCCCGGUCCACCGAACGCAUGGGUAGAAAAUGAUCAACAGCACCAGUACGAGGAAGCGCAGACGGAGAAAACGGGUCCGAAUGUCCCUCCAUAAUCUACUACAGCAGUAGAAACUAACUUUUGAGCAGUCACUAGCCAGCUUGCUGCUAGGUGACUAGCUAGCUAACUACACAACUAGCUAUUAUAUAAAAAUGAGCUAGCUCGUUGGCUAAUUAGGGGCCUUUUAGAGAACGUUAGGGAGUGCCUUGUUCGUGUGUAGUUAGCUAUCUAAGGAUUGUUACGGUUAGCUAAGUUAGUGAACGUUGGCUAGCAACAACAUGAUUCGCUGGACAUUGACCUUGUGCACUGUCUAAUAACCAGCCAGAUAACGUAGUUAACUAGCUAGUUAGUAGCAGUGGCAGCCAGAAAGUCCGAUGUAAUUACGUGAAACUAACGUUAGGCAGUUGAGUGUCACUUUUGCUAACGUUAGCCUUUGCGAAUGUAGCUAACGCGUUAGCUAUUGCAACACGAACCGGCUUCUCUGGAAUGUUCCGCUAAACGUUUGCUAGUUAAGUAGCUAUUAGCUAGCUACGGUAAAGAGUUUACAUUUUCCCCUGUCCGCCAGAAUUGGUUUAUUUCUACAUUUAUGUAAUUGUAAGAGUUAUGGUCUGAGUGUUGACAUCAAUGGUAAAGUCUAUCGUUAGCAAGCUAAAAGCUAUUGUUAUUUUUGGGCCUGUUGCUCUUGUCACUUGAGUCUUCUCUGGCAUUGGCAUAGCCAGCAGAUCCGACCCACUUGCUUACAGCUGCACUAUUGUCGGACAGCAUUCCUGUGUAUAUUAAGACACCAAGGAGCCACGGAAGAUAUGGCUCAGAAAAUGUACCUCAAUCCAGGGAUGAGAAAUGCGUUGUAGUCAGAAUUGUCCCAUUAUCCCAACUGUUAUACAGAGAAGAUUGAACGAUUGCUAUUGAACAUUUACAUUUACGUCAUUUAGCAGACGCUCUUGUCCAGAGCGACUUACAGUUAGUGCAUACAUUAUUAUUAUUUUCAUACUGGCCCCCCGUGGGAAACGAACCCACAACCCUGGCGUUGCAAACACCAUGCUCUAUCAACUGAGCUACCUCCCUGCCUGCCAUUCCCUCCCCUACCCUGGACGACGCUGGGCCAAUUGCGCGCCGCCCCAUUGGUCUCCCGGUUGCGGCCGGUUACAGCAGAGCCUGGAUUCGAACCAGGAUCUCUAGUGGCACAGCUAGCACUGCGAUGCAGUGCCUUAGACCACUGCGCCACUCGUUCAAUCUUCUCUGUGUAACAGUUGGGAUAAUGGGACAAUUCUGAGUACAAGGCAUUUUACGUCCUUGGAUUGAGGUACGUUUUCCUAGCCAUAUCUCGCGCGGCUCAGUAGUGUCUUCAUUUACACAGGAAUGCUGUUUGACCCUAGUGCCACUGUAAGCAAGAUCAGAUUGGCUGGCUAGUAUUGGCAAUGACGUGUCUAGUCAUGUGAGCGGGCCUGACUGUCUCUUUUAAAAUGUAUUCAUAUUUCAUGUUUAAAAUAAAUUAAAACAUACCCAUUAAUUAACACUUUCAAUAUCAGAUUUUGCGUUGUCUGCAGGAAAUAUGGCAGGCGCAUCGGAGUUUAGCCAUACAACUUCAUUGGAUAGCCUGUAUUGUUAUGGACAAAGAAAAACCAGGCGUGUAUUCAGUUCGGUGAAGAUUGUUUAAGAAAUCUAGGCCUACUCUAUGCAAGUACAGUGUAUUUGAUUGUAGUUGUGUGUUUUCUUGUCAUGUCAUCAGGUAAUGGAAAAAUAAAUGGAACCCCAGUGGAGAGAGAGGGCACCCCUUCUACCCCUGUUCCUGUGGAUGCCCUUCAUUACUCGAGCAGCAGACAACCUGAAACUUCUAACUUGAAACCAAAACCUUCUGGGAAGUGCCUCGCCUCUCACACAAAAGGCAGUAGCAAUAGCCAUUUUAAGAACAUUAUGAACUGCAAAAAUGACACGCCUUCAGAGUUGAAAACACAUUAUGGCAAGAGCGAGUCCAUUGCUUUACCAAAUGGCGUUGUGCUCCUCAACCCUGGCCUGUACGUUAACGGCUGCCCCAGCAAGCCUGGACCAGACAGUGGUGGCAGUGGUUCUGAGAGUGGAUACAUCACUCCCAAGAAACGCUGGGCUCAGCGGAGUGCAAUGGCUGAGGAGAGUGUGACUGCUGGGCAGGAGAAGGCUGUGCUGCAGGCAGCUAUGGUCCCUAACAAACAUGAGACGGAGCCUCUCACUCCAGAGGCUGGCGAUACAGCAGCAGGCUCUCAGUCUCCCACUUCCAUCACAGGUGUCCCACCUGUGGCACAAGCCCCUGUGGUUCAGGUUGGUGAACUACAGUGUAAGAACUCUGACGGCAAGGCUGCUGCAGGCUCUGUUAAAAAGCUGGAAGACCGACUGAGCAAAGCCAAGCUUACCUCCACAAAAGAGGACUCAUGGACCCUCUUUAAACCACCCCCUGUCUUUCCUGUGGACAAUAGUAGUGCCAAGACAGUGCCCAAGGUCAGUUAUGCAAGUAAAGUGAAAGAGAAUCUAAACAAAGCUGCAGGUGACACCUCACCUACCCAGUCCCAGGUGCCCAUGUCUGCUGUCAAAACCAUCACCUCCCCUAGCUUCACCAGUUAUCCCCUAUCUGGAGAGGGGAAUAGCUGCCCCCUCCCUGUGCCUCUUUUUACCACUACUGUUUGCAUUACCCCAAUGCCUGUCUCCCCUCCCCGCAAGUGGGAGAACGAAGCAUCCGUGUCCAGCAACGGCACAGAUAUGUCAGGCGCCCCCUCCAUGACUACCAGAGAACUGAGAAAGCUCAGUCUCCUUGUUUACCCCCUGGCCACUUCAAAUAUGCAACCCGCCCUCCCCAGCGCCCGCCAAGUAGACUCACCUACUGCUAAGACAAAUCCCAAAGCUCUGGUGGACAUUUUCCAGAACCAGUGGGGGCUGUCGUUCAUCAACGAGCCCAGUGCAGGGCCUGGGGUGGGGCCGGCAGUAGUGGGGCAGCCAGCCCGGAAAGGCCAGAUCGUGGAGAUCACCUUUCAGGGAGGCAGCCCUGCAGCUUUGCCUCUGCAAGUCUCUGCCACCUCCACUCUGAGACCUGACAAGCCCCUCUUCCCUAAGGCUUACGAGCAGGACAAACAAACUAUCUCCCAAGCCCCUAGCAGUGUUGGGAAAUCAGGCCCUCACUUGUCUCCUGGCCCUGAUGCUGGGCUGGGAGGCCAAGCCCCUGGCCCAGACACUCUGAGGGGCGAGGCUGGGAGUAGAGGUGCCAUAGUGUCCUCCUUUUCUAAGGACCCUGGUGCUGAGCUGCCUCUUGCCUCUCCUGCUUCUCCUGCUCAUCCUGUGUCUGCUCUGGCCAAGGAGCCCAGCCACCCCAAGGGUUGCGACCCAGGAUCUUGCUGGGGGGCGUUCGAUCUAAAAGCUGCUGUUAUUUAUCACACUAAAGGUAGGUAGCUGUUGCCUCUGAUGUUCAUUCACAAAGUUAAAUAAUUGACCUGCUAUGGCUGGUCCUUAGAACAGAAAUAGAAUGGUGCAUGUAAUAACUACUGUAUUAUCAAUCUCUCACACUGUACUAAACACGUUGUUUUUAUAUUUUUACAGAGAUUGAAUAUAUUCAGAAUUUACAAAAACAAGGUAAGCUUGUAAUUCCUGCUGUAUGAUUGUGGAGAGAUUGUCAAGAACCCGAAAAGCCUUAUAUUGCUAUAGUAUGUCUGAGCUAAGGAAAUCUGACCUCCUACUUCCUUCCCUCUAGAUUCAAAAGGAGUAGUGUUCUAUGACCAGUCCAAGGAUGGGCCUGUUCAGUCAAGUCAUGACUAAGCGCUAUGCCCUCUCCUGGCUGCUGCCUCAUGAAACGGUUCCCUAAAGGACACUUAGAACGGCUCCCUCUCCUUUCUGAGACUAAUGUGCAGGACUCCUUUGAUGUGAGCAGCUUGUGCCGUAGAGGGGACACAGUACAGCAGCACCACAGAGACCACACUCAGCCUUUUACAGGGAUGUUGACAUUUGGGAGAUUACAGGAUGGUUGAACAGUGCGGAACACAACUUUGUGACAGGAAACGUGUCAGCAAGAGUGACUCCUACAUUUCUCCCUCAAUUCCAAUGUUCAGAGACAGGCUUGUUGAAGACAUCAAGUGAUGUGGGAUGCUCAGUCAUUCAAUCACCACCUCGGCAUUUCCGCCCCAUCUUUGGAAUCACAGGAUACUGGAGAGAGAUGGCCUGAGAUGGCCUGUCUCUCAGCCUGUCAUGGAAGAUGAAACAUUUUGAUUUCUUUAGGAAUUCAAAAUGUUCACAUUUGAACUGUAAGGUAUCACAGAUGCAUAAUUUUUAAUUCAGACCGAAACAAAUGGGAAAGGCUUGAAUGUUUUAGAAUGGUUGCCUUCUAGAUGUGUAAACAGUGUGUUGCAAGAUGAAAACAAGCUGGGUUUUCUGCUCGUAUUCUAGGUUAGAUGCAAGCAAAUAUCAUGGGGGAGGCUUUUGUAAGCCCCUGCAAAACAGUCUUUGGAGGGAUUAUGGAGUAGUUGGUUCACAUGUUAUUUUUCCCUGUUAACUGAAUUACACUAAUUAGAAAUCCCAGGUCAUUGGGUGGACAGAUGGAAGGUUCAAAU